UCUCAAACGCACCGCCGAACUCAACCGGCUAGUCGCAUCCGCUCCUCCUCCUCCCUCCCUCCCCUCUCCUCUCCUACCUUCCGCCCGAAGUCUCCACGCUUUCCGUCCAUUUAAAACCUUCGCUUCGUCUCGACUCCACUUGGCCAUUUUCCCUCGCCAAAUCUCCGCGCGCGUCAAACCCUAGGGGUCCUGCUGACUCCCACGCGCCCCCUCCAGAUCCAAUGGGAGCGGCGCCGUCGACGCCGAGGCUUGGCGAGGUGGGCGCCGCGCCGCCGGGCGCGGCGGAGCAGAUGUUCGCGGCGCUGGUCGGCGACAAGGCCUACCCGAUCUCCUCCGAGUUCUGGAAGCAGCUGUUCGAGCUGCCCCUCACCCUGCAGUGGCCGCGGGAGCGCGUGCUGCAGGCGUGCCACGCGUUCGCCCAGAACAACUACAAUACGAAGCAUCUCACAAAGAUCUUGAUCCAUUUGGUUUGGUGUUUGCAAGAGUGCACGUCAGCUUCUUCAGUGUCUUAUGGCGUUUAUAGAAAGGCCAUCAAUGCUGCCUAUAUAUCAUCCAUAUUUCUCAAGUUUAUUAUUGAGAACGCCAAGGCAGAUAAUUGGCAAGAGCUAUGCCUUCACAUUGACAAGGAUGAGAAGGGGCUGGAGAAUUUUCCUUCUGAUCAAACAGUGGAGUAUUUUCUGAUGAAAGGGGUGCUGAACUACAUUGGUAGUGUAGAUGUAAGCCCAGAGUCGUGCUACCUACAUCAUGAGCUUCUAAACUUGAUGUUAGUUCUUAUGUCGACUCAGUUAUGUUCUGGACCAUCUCCAGAACCAAAAGAUGUGCAUCCUUUUAUUGAUGCAGCUAUGCUUCAGGAGAGUACCACAGUGGGCUCUGUAGUUCAAAAGUUACUUCUAAAUUUCGUGAGACGACCACAGAUUCCUUUAAAUGGUUCACACCCUGUUUUCUCUGAUAAUGGUGGGCCUGGUGUUCUGCAACGAGUUGGCUCAGCAGCUGCAAAUUUGGUACUGCUGCCAUAUUAUACUUUCAACUAUCUUGUAAAUGCAAGUGCUGAAGGGGCAACAAGUCAAUUGGCAGAUAACAGUUUGCUUGUUCUGCUUAUUCUGAUUCACUACCGAAAGUGCAUUUCAAUGACCGAGUCCAUUCCAAUCGACAAUAUCUACAUGAGCGAUUCAAAUACCAAUAUUAAGGAUGCGCCAUCUUUUCAUGAGAACCCUUAUUGCAAGGCAUUAAAUAAUGCCAAGGACAUUCAAUUUGAUCGUGCUGAUGUUGAGGGAAAUGCUCAAAAUGGACCUGUUGUCAGGUUGUCUUUUGCGUCGCUGUUUGAUGCUCUCGGCACAUGCUUAAAAGACGAGAGCUCAGUUUUGUUGCUCUAUUCUUUGGUCCAUGGGAAUUGCGACUUUCAGGAGUAUGUUCUGGUUCGAACAGACUUGGAUACUUUGCUGAUGCCUAUCUUGGAAAUGCUUUACAAUGCAUCAAGGAAGACUUCCAAUCAGAUCUACAUGUUGUUGAUAAUUCUCCUGAUACUGAGUCAAGACUCAACCUUCAAUGCUAGUGUGCACAAAUUGGUGCUUCCUAGCGUUCCUUGGUACCAGGAGCGCCUCAUGCACCAAACAUCUCUGGGAUCUUUGAUGGUUGUGAUACUAAUUCGAACCAUCAAGUACAACCUCUCCAAGCUGCGAGAUGUCUACCUUCACACAAACUGUCUCGCUAUUCUAGCAAACAUGGGCCCUCAUGUGCAUAGGCUGAGCGCAUAUGCAUCUCAAAGGCUGGUUAGCCUCUUCGACAUGCUUUCUCGCAAGUAUGCCAAAUUAGCUGAGUUAAAAAAUGACAAGGCUUCAAAAAUUAUAUCCGAUCAAAUUGAACCAGACAACAUCUCAGAUGAUACGUCAACAGAGCUUCACAUAUACACUGACUUCUUAAGAAUUGUUCUGGAAAUCGUCAACGCAAUCCUUACGUAUGCACUGCCCAGAAAUCCUGAGGUUGUGUAUGCUAUUUUGCACCGGCAAGAGGUUUUUCAGCCCUUUAAGAACCAUCCACGUUUCAAUGAAUUGCUUGAGAAUAUAUACACAGUAUUGGAUUUCUUCAAUAGCCGGAUGGACAUGCAACAGUUAGAUGGGGAAUGGUCUGUGGACAAAGUUCUUGAGCUCAUUAACAAAAAUUGCCGUUCAUGGCGUGGAGAAGGAAUGAAGAUGUUUACGCAGUUACGAUUUACAUAUGAGCAAGAAAGUCAUCCUGAGGAAUUCUUUAUUCCAUAUGCAUGGCGGCUUAUCCUAUCACGGGGAUUUUCUUUCAAUCCUGGUGCCAUAAAUUUGUUCCCUGUGGAGAUUCAUGUUGAUGAUGCACAACCGGGUGAACAAAAAGUUUAGGGACAAUCUGGAACCGUUGGGGUUCUGACAAGUGACACCAACACAGAAAUAUUUGACCUGUUUCAUAGGUUGUGGCGAAGAGCUCGUUGUAUAUAGGCGGCAUAUACCAGAUAAUCAAAGUGUAUUCUCAUUCUUUUUGUGUUAAUAUUUCCAUUGUCCCAUGAUGUAAUGCGACAAGAUAGGGGUGGGGGAAAUUGCAAGGGAUUGUAUCUGGUUAAAAAUGGGUAGAGUGUAGGAUAUCAUAGACAAUUCUUUCAUAAGUUAUUGCUGGACUUCAAGCUGAAGGUCUCUGCUGUCUAUUGUACUGACAGUCUUAGGCUGUGUUUGGCAUUGAGGUGGAUUAUGAUAAUCCAGCUUUUCCAACCGGCUUUUGGCUA